CGACGGCGAGUGAGCCUCAGUGAGGUCACUGCCCUCCCCCUCGGAGUGCCGACCCUCCUCAGGGGUGGGGCCUGUGUCCAAUUCCAGACUCGCUCCGCCCCGCCCCCACGGGCGCCUCCUCGCGGGCCAGCCGGCGCGUCACGUGACGGGUCGGCGGCGCUGGCGGUUGCUGUCAGCUGAGAUCACGGGUUGGUGGCAGCGGCAGCCGUGGCGAUGGACUUUCUCCUGGGGAACCCGUUCAGCUCUCCGGUGGGACAGCGCAUCGAGAAAGCUACCGAUGGCUCCCUGCAGAGCGAGGACUGGGCCCUCAACAUGGAGAUCUGCGACAUCAUCAACGAGACGGAAGAAGGUCCCAAAGAUGCCUUUCGAGCAAUAAAGAAGAGAAUCACGGGGAAUAAGAACUUCCACGAGGUGAUGCUGGCUCUCACGGUCUUGGAAACCUGUGUCAAGAACUGUGGGCACCGCUUCCACGUGCUGGUGGCCAGCCAGGACUUCGUGGAGGGCGUGCUGGUGAGGACCAUCCUGCCCAAGAACAACCCACCCACCAUCGUGCACGACAAGGUGCUCAACCUCAUCCAGUCCUGGGCCGACGCGUUCCGCAGCUCGCCCGACCUGACUGGUGUCGUCGCCGUCUACGAGGACCUGCGGCGCAAGGGCCUGGAGUUCCCAAUGACUGACCUAGACAUGCUGUCGCCCAUCCACACACCCCAGCGGACCGUGUUCAGCUCAGAGACACCGUCCGGACAGAAUUCUGCGGGCACUGACGCCUCUCAUCGGGGGGAUCCCAGCCAGCACGCGGCUCCUGUGUCCACCCCAGCUGUACUCCCCAGCGACACACCCAUAACGCCAACCCCUGAGCAGAUCGGGAAGCUGCGCAGCGAGCUGGAGAUGGUGAGUGGGAACGUGAGGGUGAUGUCGGAGAUGCUGACGGAGCUGGUGCCCACCCAGGCAGAGCCCGCAGACCUGGAGCUGCUACAGGAGCUCAACCGGACGUGCCGAGCCAUGCAGCAGCGGGUGCUGGAGCUCAUCCCCCGGAUCGCCAACGAGCAGCUGACGGAGGAGCUGCUCAUCGUCAACGACAAUCUCAACAACGUGUUCUUGCGCCACGAACGGUUCGAGCGGUUCCGAACCGGCCAGACCGCCAAGGCCCCCAGUGAGGCCGAGGCGGCAGCUGACCUCAUCGACAUGGGCGCUGACCCAGCAGCCACUGGCGGCCUCUCGUCCCAGCUGGCAGGAAUGAACCUGGGCUCCAGCAGCGUGAGGGCUGGCCUGCAGUCUCUGGAGACCUCCGGCCGCCUGGAGGACGAGUUUGACAUGUUUGCCCUAACACGGGGCAGCUCCCUGGCUGACCAACGGAAAGAGGUAAAAUAUGAAGACCCCCAAGCGACGGACGGCCUGGCUGGAGCCCUGGACGCCCGGCAGCAGAGCACCGGCGCGAUGGGAGGCGGCAGUGAGAAGAGCCUCGGGGACUGGAUGGUGAGACAAGGCAUGAUCCCCGUCACCCAGGCCUGCCUCAUGGAGGACAUCGAGAAGUGGCUGUCCACUGACGUGGGGAACGAUGCGGAGGAGUCCAAGGGCGUCACCAGCGAAGAAUUUGACAAGUUCCUGGAAGAACGGGCCAAAGUGGCCGAUCGGUUGCCCAGCCUCUCCAGCCCCUCAGCUGAGGGACCCCCAGGGCCCCGCCCCGGCGCCGCCCCUCGAAAGCAGACCCAGGAGAAAGACGACGACAUGCUGUUUGCCUUAUGAGCAGGCUGGCACCCUGCGCCCGGCCGCGGCUCCCACCCCUGGCUGGGCCUCUCCCUCCCUCGGUGUCAAGGCUGCUUGGGGUGGCGUGUUACCCCUUCUCUCCUCGAGGCUGGGCCAGGUUUGGGGAGUGGGAAGGCAGCAGGUGAACUGGGCGAGCAGGGCAGUUCCUCGUUGGGAUCCUGGCCACUCCUGCCUCCCCCCACCCCAGCCGACCACUCUGACUCUGCUGAGACCCGGAAGCCUGGACAGCAGGCUGGCUGCUUGGUUGCCCCGGUGACUCGUGCCCUGGGUGACCCAUCCCAGAGGAGCCCUCCGGAGCCCGCACUGCCAGCCGAGGCCUGGCCGGAAGCUGGAAACAGAAGCUUCUGUUGCAGCCUCUGGUCCCUUCCCUGGCCCUGCCGCGUGGAGCCCGAGGCUCUGGCCAGCUGUUGAGGGCGGGGGGUGUGGCCCAGCUGCUCGCCGUCCAGGUACGAAGCUGCACUUGGUGGGGCAGAGCGCCCGGCCCUGGCUGCAGGGGAGGGUUCGGGGCAUGCCUGGCGCACCUGCAGCCCCACCGUCUCCUCCACUGCCUUUCCCCUUCCCCUUCCCCUUCCCCUUCCUGCCCGCCGGGCAUGGGCCCCCACCUGUUGGUUGAUCCUCUUGUACUGGGAGAGGUACCUUUACGUCCCCAAUUAAAGGUAGAAAACCA